UUUUUGAACUUGGCGGGCUUUGCGGCAAGAAGAACCUAACCUUAAAAUUUACAAAAAUUCAAUCUGAUCCGGAAUUUGCAUAAAAGCAGGGAAUGUGAUGAAACAGCCGGCGCUAACACUGAAGCAGUUUAUGCUUCGGCAGGAAGUUCUACGUCUCUAUCGUGACAUCUUCCGAACAAUUCGUCGUGUUCCUCAGCCUGAGAAUCGUCUUGAGCUCCAGGAAUGGGCACGAAGGGAUUUCCGUAGCAAUCGCCAUCACACAGAUGAAACCAGCAUUAAGAUGAUGCUGCAGUAUGGACGUCGAUGCCUAACAGAAUUGCAGAAUAGCCUGGAUUUGAGUGGAAACCGAUGACUCUGUAUUUUCCUUUUAUUUACAACAGUGUAUGCCAGAGAAAUCUCACUAGGAGACCAAUCUGUAGAAAUGUACAUAGGGAUGUUAUUAACAAAAUGACUAUA